CCGAUGCCUGGAGCAGGUCGGGGGGGGGGCACUGCUCCUUCCCUCCCUGCCCCCUCUCGCCCCUCCAGGCACUACCACAGCAUCGAGGUCUUCACCCACUACGACCUGCUGACGCUCAACGGCUCCAGGGUGGCUGAGGGGCACAAGGCCAGCUUCUGCCUCGAGGACACCAACUGCCCCCCAGGGCUGCAGCGGCGCUUCGCAUGUGCCAACUUUGGGGAGCAGGGCGUGAGUGCGGGGUGCUGGGACACCUACCGGCACGACAUCGACUGCCAGUGGGUGGACAUCAGCGACGUGGGGCCUGGCAGCUACGUCCUACAGGUGGUCGUGAACCCCAAGCACGAGGUGGCAGAGUCUGAUUUCUCCAACAACGUCAUGAGGUGCCAGUGCAAGUACGACGGGCACCGCAUCUGGCUGCACGGCUGCCGCACAGGGGACCAGUACGGCGCCGACGCAGUGCGAGAGCUGGAGCAGCAGCAGCGCCUGGCCACUAACCUCAUCUGAAGCACGUGGGGUGGAGCUGAGCCAGGGGAGCCCCCAACCGGGGGCGUUG